AAUCAUUGUUAUUUAGAAAGAUAGGUAUAGUCUUCUAUUUGGAAUACUGUUUAACAAUCAAAGGAGGAUGUACUUAACCUGCUUCUUCUUUACAUGUUUGUGUACGGUUUUUGCCGAAAGCUUACUUGUUCCACGAGAUCCACCACCUCCAUGGCAAGCAGCACUUAUGGCUAGAUAUAUUAUCCACAAUACAGGUUGGGUCUCGAUAGCAACAAUAUCUACGCAGUCAUCAAUAAAAGGAUAUCCGUUUGUUAGCUUAAAAUCCUUAAGUGAUGGACCUGCUACAAAUUCAACUGGUACACCUUACCUCUACAUGACUGAAAUGGAUGUUACAGGCAAGGAUAUAGAGAGCGACAAUCGAGUUACGAUAAUGGCUACACUUGCAGAAACGAACUAUUGUGAAACUGAUCAUUUUGAUCCACAAGACCCACGAUGUGCCAAGGUACUUAUUAGUGGAACUUUACAAAAGAUUAAUAAAUCAUCUCCGGAAUAUGAGUUCGGAAAAGAAGCUUUAUUUGAAAAACAUCCCUCUAUGAGAAAAUGGCCAACAGAUCACCAAUUUUAUGUAGCGAAAGUUUCUCCGCAACAAAUCGAAGUUUUGGAUUAUUUUGGAGGCCUAAAAUUUGUCACAGUGGAUGAUUACUUCAGUGCCAAUAUAACUGAUCUUAUCAAUUUAGAUAGACCUUUCUCUAGAGUAUCUGUAAUUGAAAUAGAAAAUUUCUAAAACGUCAUAUUUUUAGUCUUUGUAAACUAAUGUAUUUGUAAACCUUGUAAACUAUGCUUAUAAAUAAAACUAUACAUAGUAUAUU